UACUUUUCAGUGCGAGCUAGUCCAGUUCCUCUUCCCCUCCGUGAGGCCCUCAUUCUCCUCAGAGAUCCCGCUCGUCCGCCUGGCGACCGUCGCCGCAGCGCUCGCGCCCUGCGCGAGCAGGGCGCGUGCGCGCGGCCCACGGGCGCGCGGCCGUCGGGCCCCUGUCUCCCUCCCCCUCCCGCUCCUCUAUAACUUGGCUGGCUCGGAGGAGGCGCCGCCGGAGUCGGAGGGCGGGGAGCUCAGAGGAGGGAGCUCCAGAGUUGUGGAGACUAGUGACUAGGAGAAGUCGCAGCCUGCUCUGGUCUGCACCUUCCCGCUCCCUAUCUCCCUCGCUCUCACACCCACUCCGCCUCCCGCCCCAGCCCGCGUCCUCGCUCCUUCUCUUGCAAGAGGAUCCCUGCACAUCGCUCUCCGGUUCUCGGCGCGGCGGGGGCGCCCCGGGGGUGCCCUCGCCCUCUUCGUGCGGGCGAACGGGCGGGCGGGAUGUGGCGCUUGGUACCCCCGAAGCUGGGCCGCCUUUCCCGCUCGCUGAAGCUGGCGGCGCUGGGCAGCCUGUUGGUGCUGAUGGUGCUGCACUCGCCGUCGCUGCUCGCCUCUUGGCAGCGCAACGAGCUGGCCGACCGGCGCUUUCUGCAGCUCAAUAAGUGCCCGGCGUGUUUCGGCACGAGCUGGUGCCGCCGCUUCCUUAACGGGCAGGUGGUGUUCGAGGCGUGGGGCCGUCUGCGCCUGCUGGACUUCCUCAACGUGAAGAACGUCUACUUCGCGCAGUACGGCGAGCCCCGCGAGGGCGGCCGCCGCCGUGUGGUGCUCAAGCGCCUCGGCUCGCAGCGCGAGCUGGCGCAGCUCGACCAGAGCAUCUGCAAGCGGGCCACCGGCCGGCCCCGCUGCGACCUGCUUCAGGCCAUGCCCCGGACCGAGUUCGCGCGUCUCAACGGCGACGUGCGGCUGCUCACGCCCGAGGCGGUGGAGGGCUGGUCCGAUCUGGUGCACUGCCCCUCGCAGCGCCUGCUCGACCGCCUGGUGCGCCGCUACGCCGAGACCAAGGACUCGGGCAGCUUCUUGCUCCGCAACCUCAAGGACUCGGAGCGCAUGCAGCUGCUGCUGACUCUGGCCUUCAACCCCGAGCCGCUGGUGCUACAGAGUUUUCCGUCUGAUGAAGGUUGGCCAUUUGCAAAAUAUCUUGGAGCUUGUGGAAGAAUGGUGGCUGUAAAUUAUGUUGGAGAAGAACUGUGGAGUUAUUUUAAUGCACCAUGGGAAAAACGAGUUGACCUUGCUUGGCAACUAAUGGAAAUAGCAGAGCAGCUUACAAACAAUGACUUUGAAUUUGCACUCUACCUCCUGGAUGUCAGCUUUGACAAUUUUGCAGUUGGUCCUAGAGAUGGGAAAGUAAUCAUUGUGGAUGCUGAAAAUGUUUUGGUUGCUGACAAACGAUUAAUUAGACAAAAUAAACCUGAAAACUGGGAUGUAUGGUAUGAAAGCAAAUUUGAUGACUGUGAUAAGGAGGCUUGCUUAUCAUUUUCAAAAGAAGUUCUUUGUGCUCGUGCCACUGUGGACCACAAUUAUUAUGCUGUCUGUCAGAACCUCUUAUCCAGACACGCCACCUGGCGUGGCACUUCUGGAGGACUGCUUCAUGAUCCUCCAGGUGAAAUUGCCAAAGACGGCCGCCUAGAGGCCUUGCUGGAUGAGUGUGCCAACCCAAAGAAGCGCUACGGCAGAUUCCAGGCUGCAAAAGAACUGCGAGAAUAUCUAGCACAAUUAAGUAACAACGUGAGGUAGUCUAUGGUGAACUUUCUCCUUUUUCUUUCUCCAUUUUAAUGGCACUGGCUAAAACUAAUCCACCAAAAACUCUCUGGAAAACAAAAUUUGGAGGUAUUAACGUUCAGAGGAUGAUAAACUUGCACCGAUAGCACUCAUGUUAACAUCCAUCAAAGUAAGACAUGACUUCAGAAAUUACGUGAUGCUUCUGCAAAUAAAUAUGUUCUUACACUUUGGAGACUUGAGCCGUCAUUGACUGCUUCGCCCCCCUGAAUGCCUGAGUGGAUUAAUGAAUAUUGUUAAGCUAUUGGAAAUGAGUCUGAUAGUUACAUUGGCUUGUGUAUCAAAGGGUACAUGGUACUUGACAUAGCUUGCAUUAGUCUCAUGAUUUUGUGAAUCUCUUAAACAUUUACGUUGAAUGUCAAGUUAGAUCGGCCUGUUUUAUAGGCUACUUUUUCCUUCUGAUGUAAAGGGUUUUUUUCCAUUUUUAUGUUUUUUAUUAAAAUUUUACACAUUCAGGUUAUUGUUGGUGUUCAUUUAAGUUUUGACUAGUUUUUCUUCAGUACUAUGUGGUAUAUAUUUACCGUUAGGGCAGGAUUCCCAGGUUUACUGUCUCUUUUUCUGAAAGCUGAAUAUUUUAUUAUGUAAAUACUUCCUUCCUCCCUCACCCCCCAGCCUCUCUAGUUUCACCAUUGCAUGAGAUUAUUUCAGGAUAUUUAACAGUUACAUCCUUCUAUGCCAGUGAUUAUAAUUGUACAGUAAACAUGAAGUUCGGCAUAUGUUGCAGAAUUGUUGUUUUGUCCUUCACCUAAAACUUUUAAGAAGAGCAUACUAGCAAUCUACACCUUGAUGUUAAUUUUGGUUCAGAAAAAAAUACAACCCAGUAUUUUUAAAAUGCUAACUAGUGCAAGAUAGUAAUACAUAUGCCAAAGAAAUGUUAAACCUAGUCCCACAGCUAGAUUUCAAAAUAGAAUUGGUCACCUGCUUAAUCUUACCAUUCCAUUUCCAGUCCUUUUAUUUUAAUGCUUUCAUUAUUAAAGUCAGAUCUCCCCAGUUACUCUUUAAUGUUGAAAAGUUAAGCUACUGUUUUCAAGAAUAUGUAACUGAAGAAUAGCCUUCCUUUUAUUCAUUAGCAGUUUUGCCAGAUUAGCAUGGUAACCACCAUUUGAGUUUAAUCAGGCAUCGUAACCUUUUCAUUAUUGAUGAAUUAAUAAUUUUUCUUAUAAAGUAGACAUUGUAGCCAGUCUGCCCACCUUGGUCUUCAUUCAGUUGUCAAUCUAAACAUCAAAACAUCAAAUUUAAAUGUGUGGAUAAAAAUUACCAUGGAUGUGAAAUCUGUGGGCUAUUUCAGAAAUGUUACAGUACAAGCUGCCUAUUAUUAAUGUAGGUAAGGUUUCUCUGUUUCAACUACUUUUGUUUACAGCAGAUUUGGGUGCAGUGUGCAGUGUUUAGUUCUAGACUGACUUUAUUCUAAAUCAGAAAGUGAUUAAAAUAUGUACAACCAAAGCCAAGUUUUUCUUUUCUUUUUCAUUCAUUCAGCAACUAUUUAUUGAGCAUCAGCUGUGUGCCAGGUACAUUACUAGCUGCUACACACUGUCUGAACAUGACAUACAGUUAAGUGACUACAAUAAUUAUCAAAUACUUUACGUAUUUCUUAAGUUGAAGUAGCAUUGUUUCAAUUAGGAUGAUGCAUUCACAUUAUUGUACUAUUGUGAUGGAAAUUCUACUUGUACCAUCUAGGAGGUUGCUCCACAGAAGAGCAGGCUGAAAUCAAUAAAGUUAAUCCCAGUUUGAAAACGGGAGGGAAAAGGGUAAGAGCUCUCCGUUAUAAAAUGGACUGCAUUAUGUUGACUUUUAUAUAUCAGUAUAUUGCAUAUACCGUCUUCCCAUCAAUGAAUGUGUAAGUGCUGGAAAUUUUAUUAAGCUGACUUUUUACAACUUUGGAAAACUUUUGAGGGGAGUCGGUUAAAGUACUUGUCAACAUACGCCUCUUACUCAAAACUUCAAAUAAUACAUUCUCCAAACAGAGCACCUUUUAUAUUUUGAUAAAUAUUCAUUACACACUUUAGAAUGCUAUUCACAGAGGGGUUGUCGGUCUGUGGUUUAGCAAACAUUUAUCUUAUUUUUUGCAAGUGUGAUUUUGAUUGCAAAACAGGAAGUGAGAAAACACUGCCCGCAGUGAUUGCUGCUUGAGGUGGUUUUUAUAACUACCGUUUCCCCCCAUGAGACUGAUGUGUGGGAUUUACUUUUGGAAAAGGUUGAGGAGAAGAUAGUAAAAGAAUUAGGAGUUAAAAAUUACAGGGAAUAAUAUGUAUGUGAAAAGCAAUAAAUAUUUUGUUCACUUUGCUAUCAAGAUGUUCACUUUCAGAUAUUUAUUAUACAGCAGCAAUUUAUAUUUUUAAUCAUUGCCCAUUAAUAGACACAGUAAAAUAUUUUUGAAUCAGACAUUUGGGGUUUGUAUGUGCAUUAAAAUUGUCUUUUGUACUGUAAGUUACUGUUUAAUUUGAAUACUUUAUCAAAACUGUCUCCCUGUGCCUUUAUAAUACAAAGUUGUUUCUACAACUUUUAAUGAUUAAUAAAGAAUACUUUAAGAACCACA